AUGACCACUUACUUCUCGUACCUGGAUCCCAAGUUGCAAGAGGAGCUCAAGAAAACUGCUGAAGCAAUUGUCGCCCCAGGAAAGGGUAUUCUCGCUGUGGACGAAUCAAACGAGGGAAUUGGUAAACUGCUAGCAACAGUGGGCUUAGAAAAUACAGAGAAUAAUAGAAGAAAGUAUCGGCAACUUUUAUUUACUGCUGACGAUGUACUAUCGGAGAACAUAUCAGCAGUAAUUUUGUUCGACGAGACAGUGUACCAGAAAGCUGAUGACGGAACGCCGUUUAUGGAGUUGUUAAAGAAAAGAAAUAUAAUACCAGGCAUCAAAGUGGACAGAGACGUCGUACCAUUGUAUCUAUCAGAGGAUGAAGUAACAACUCAGGGUCUCGAUGAUCUAGCUCAACGGUGUGCUACAUACAAGAAACAAGGUUGUCGUUUUGCUAAAUGGCGCUGUCCAUUAAAAAUCAGAGAGCACACGCCCUCAGCGCAAGCUAUUCAGGACACUGCCCAAGUUUUGGCUCGUUAUGCCUCCAUCUGUCAGAGUCAAGGACUAGUGCCUAUUGUAGAACCGGAUGUUUUAUUAGACGGACACCAUGACAUCGUUAGAGCUCAGAAAGUAACAGAAGUUGUAUUGGCAGCGGUUUACAAAUCAUUGAACGAUCACCACGUUUUCUUGGAGGGAACCCUACUGAAGCCAAAUAUGGUUACGCCUGGUCAAGCAUGUGCCAAUAGAAAUACCCCGGAAGAAAUAGCUGUAGCCACCGUUACAGCUCUACUUCGAGCAGUACCAGCAGCUGUUCCAGGAAUAGCGUUUCUCUCCGGCGGUCAGUCUGAAGAAGAGGCAACCAUUAAUCUUAAUGCCAUCAACAAGGUCCAAAUGAAGAAACCUUGGACACUGACCUUCAGCUAUGGACGAGCUCUUCAAGCGUCUGUGUGGAAAAGUUGGGCAGGGAAGGAUGAAAAUGUGAAGAAAGCUCAAUUGGAAUUGAUUAAGAGAGCUAAGGCAAACGGAUUGGCGGCCCUCGGCAAAUAUGAAAAGGGUGCCGUUACAACAGCUGCCGGUGACGCGUCAAAUUACAGCAAGAACCAUAAAUAUUAA